AUGGCGCUGGUUCGGCAGUUUCUGCUGCAAGCGCUGGUGAUUGCAGUUCCAUUCCUACUGCAGGGCUGUGGGACGUCCGACGACUCGCAGCCUUCCAAGGCGCGCAAAGCCAGCGAGGUGGUGAAUGUGCCGGGCUGGCCGGAUGUGAAAGGCAAGUUCCCGUUGUCCUUUGGCAUCAAGGCUGGGAGCCUGGUGUACGCCAGCGGCAUGCAGGGCAUGGACAUGAAGACCAUGAAGCUGGUGGAGGGUGGCGUGCAGGAGGAGACGAAGCAAAUCCUGAAAAACCUUGGGGAGUUGCUCCAGGCUGCUGGCAGCAGCAUGCAGCAGGUCACGCUGUGCAGCGUGUCGCUGGUGAACAUCACCCGAGAUUUCAAGGACAUGAACCAGGCCUACAGCAGCUUCUGGCCGGCGGCACCUCCGGCACGGGUGGCGGUGCAGGUGGCCGCUCUCGCGGGGAACGCCUCAGUGGAAAUCCAGUGCACUGCCGCCCUGGACGGCAAGAACCGGACCACCGUCCAGGUGCCUGGCUUUCCGGACCUCGCGGCCAAAGGCUUCCCGCUGUCAUGGGCCACGAAGGUGGACGGCAUGCUGUAUCUGAGCGGUGCGCAGGGCAUGGACAUGGCCACAGGGAAGGUGGUGUCUGGGGGUGUGCAGGCAGAGACAACGCAGGCGCUGCAGAAUCUGGAGAAGGUGCUGCAAGCCGCAAGCUCGAACGCAGGCAGAGUGGUUGCUUGCAGCGUGUCGCUCACCAACAUGAGUGACUUCUCAGAGAUGAACCAGGCCUACCAGGCCUUCUGGCCAAAGUCCCCGGAGCUGGGGGGCUUGCCCUCUCGGGUUUGCGUGGAGGUGUCAGCACUAGCUGGUACCGGCAAGGUCGAGAUACAGUGCACUGCCGCAGGCACCGACGUGCCCCACGGGGAAGUGCCCAGCGUCGUGAAGGUGCCGGGCUGGCCGGAGAUGAAGGGCUUCCCCUUCUCCGCUGGUGCCAAAGUGGACGGCAUCGCCUUCAUCAGCGGCAACCAAGGUGUCGACAUGAAGACCUCAAAGCUGGUGCAGGGAGGUGCUGGGCCAGAGACAACGCAGACCUUGAAGGACAUACAAGAGGCGGUGAAAGCCUCCGGCACAGGCCUGCAGGAGGUGGUGGCGUGUGAGGUCUCGCUGAGGGACAUGAAAGACUUCGCAGCCGUGAACAAGGCCUACAGCAGCUUUUGGCCCCACGAGCCUCCGAGCAGAGUGGCUGUGCAGGUCGGCGCGCUGGCCCGCGGCGCCGCGGUGGAGAUCCGAUGCCUCGCCGCCCUCUCCGCCGCGAUGGGUGGGAUGGAGAUCACCGUGUGA